ACCUGAUUUGUUUUCAGGGGUUGUGAGUAGUGUGGAGGUGUCCCGGGAGCUGCUUGGUGACUCUCCUUCCUUGCCCAAUCUUCACCGCUGCUCCCUCCAGGGCUACAACCUUCCUGCACACUACCUGCGUCGUAAACAAGCAGGCAAACAUGGUCACCAAGGAAAAGUUAACGAAGGAGGAAGAGCUGUUGCUUCAGGAUUUUAGUAGAAAUGUAUCCAAGAAGAGCUCGAUUAUUUUUUACUUCAAUGCAUUAAUUGUCGCAGCGAUCCCCAUAUGGUUGUUUUGGCGUAUACAUAUGAUGGAUCCACUCUCAUCAGCUGCCAUCUUUGGUCUAGUGACAGGCAUCGCAACUUACCUUGUUGCUUUUGCUUACAUGAACACUAAGUUUGUCCUAAAGCACAAGGUUGCACAGAAGGUUGAAGAUGCUGUCACACGAGAAGUUAUGCGUAAACUAGCUGAUGACAAAAAGAUGGGCAAAAAAGAAAAGGAUGAAAGGGUGUUGUGGAAGAAGAACGAAGUAGCUGAAGCAGAGGCCACAACAUUUUCCUUGUUUUACAACAACGCUCUCUUCCUGAUGUUGGUUGUAGUUGGAUCGUUCUUGGUAUUCAGAUCCAUGGCACCAGCUUACAACUAUGUUUUCAGUACACUGGGAGCAGCUGGUGUGAUUGCACUUUUCUCAACAAGCACUCAAUAAGACCAGUUAGUCAUCCUGUAAUGAUUUGCUAUUUAGACAGUUCCCAGGUCUCAUUAUUGUAAGUUAGAUAUUUAAUUUUACAGUUGUGUGUGACCCAAUCCCCAUUCAGACAAAUGCUGAUUAUUUUAAUCGGUAUUUAUAUAUUGUUGGUAACAUUAUCUACUUUGUGCAAGUAAAAUGUAAAUGUUGGAAAAUAGUAUGAAUUAUAAAGAUUGUCACUUUGACCUUGUCAUAAUUUAAGCACUUGUCACAACGCAAAUUUUUUUUUUUAUCUAGCUCGUAGAUAAAUAAGUUAUAUACAGUAAAUCAUUGUUUAUUUCAGUGCUGAAUUGCAAAUUUUGGGUUAACCCUUGUUUAAAAAUUUACAACUAGCAGUCAAAAACCAUAAAAUUGACUUAAUAAAUUUAUUGGUAAUAUUUCAAAUAAAUCUUCCCAGAUAGCUAAGACUAUAUACAAAUACAUUUUAUUUAUUCAGGUAUAGUACAGUAUUUUUAAUAGGAAACCAUGACUUCUAAGUAGCUUGUCACCAGGAUGAUGACAUUAAAAUUUAGAUGUUCAAUGGUUAUGGGAAUGGUGUACAUGUUAAGAAUUUUAAUAACAUUCCCUUUGUCUGCAUUCACUUGUACAAGGCUCACUAUUUAAUUUUCUUUGAAAAUUUUACUUUAAGUACAGUAUUUGUAAAAGUUCUCUUUAUAGAAAAAUAUAGUUAUCUCAAAA